AUGUCUAAUAUAGUUGGAAUCGAAUAUAACCGUGUAACGAACACGACUUCCAAUGAUUUUCCAGGGUUUUCCAAGGAAGGCGAAAAUGCAUGGGAUGUGAAUAAAUUUAGAGAGACAUUUGACAUUCAAAUAAGCAAUCUUUCAGAGAGAGAAGCGACGUUUGAUUUAAUCGGCGUCGAUACUUCAAUUGCUAACGCUUUCCGUCGUAUCAUGCUCUCCGAAGUGCCAUCGUUGGCAGCUGAACACGUCUAUUUCCUAAAUAAUACAUCUGUGAUCCAGGACGAAGUGCUAGCACACAGAAUAGGCCUUAUUCCGUUGAAGGUGGACCCUGAUAUGCUGACGUGGGUCGACACCAGUUUACCAGAGGACGAGAGGUUCACAGAUGAAAACACCAUUGUGUUGACUUUGGACGUUACAUGUACGAGAAACCCAGAUGCACCAAAGGACUGUACCGACCCGAAGAUCCUGUACAGAAACUCGAGUGUUUACGCUCGGGACUUGAAGUUCGAACCGCAGGGCAGACAGGCGGAGAUCUUUGCCAAAUGUCCGGUGCGUCCAGCACAUCCAGAUAUUCUUCUAGCGAAGCUAAGGCCCGGGCAAGAGAUCUCACUUCGAGCACACUGCAUCCUUGGCGUUGGCGGAGACCAUGCCAAGUUCUCGCCGGUUGCAACGGCUUCUUACAGGUUACUGCCUGACAUCAAAAUCACCCAGCCAAUCAAGGGAGAAGCAGCCAAGAAGUUCCAAAAAUGCUUUUCGCCAGGCGUCAUCGAUAUCGAUAAGUCCACGGGCGAAGCUGUGGUGAAGGACGCUAGAAGGGACACGGUAUCUAGAGAGGUUCUCAGACACGAAGAAUUCGCCGACAAGGUUAAGCUGGGUAGAGUGCGGGACCACUUCAUUUUCAACGUCGAAAGCACUGGAGCAAUGACACCAGAGGAAAUCUUCUUCAAGUCUGUGAGAAUCUUGAAGAAUAAAGCUGAAUAUUUGAAAAAUUGUCCAAUUGCUCAGUAG